GAUUGGUAUGAUGAGGGCUGCACGUGCUGUGUUUGGAGAAAACAUCACAAUUCAUGGCUGUUUUUAUCACCUUACACAAGCAUCAUGGAGAAAGUUACAAUCCCUGGGCCUUGCAUCUCUUUACUUAAAAGAUGAAGAAAUACAGCAUUUCUGUGGAAUGGUGGAUGGACUUGCUUUCCUUCCCCCGGAUAAGGUCACUGAAGGUAUGCAGUUGUUAAAGGACAACAUACCAGAGGUAUUAACUGACUUUGUUGACUACUUUGAUGCGACCUAUGUUAGUGGAACUUAUACACAUCUCGCAGCACAGAAUGACCAACAAAUCUUCAGGAGAAUGCCACCAACAUUCGGAAUAGACAUCUGGAACGUUCACCAACUUACGCUAAAUGGAGGAGCUAGAACUAACAACCUAUGUGAAUCCUGGAAUAGGAAGCAUCUCGAGAACGUAGGGCACACUAAUCCAUCAAUCUGGAAAGCCAUCGAUGGUAUCAAACGAGAUGAAGCAGCAUCAGCAACACUAAUAGAAUUGUUCAGGAGAGGACAACCAGUACCAGCAAGACGUAUCACAAAGGUGACAGUCAACCAUCAACAGCGACUUGUUAAUAUCAUCAGCAAAUAUAAUGACCGAACCAAUACAUUAGAAGAAACAAUCACUGCGCUUGGUUAUAAUAUUCGAAUGAAAUAAGAAAAAGAAAAAUAAUUAAAUGGCAACUCAUAUUAAUUAGGUUGAAAAUUUAAAUAUACGCUACAAGUAUAUUAAUUAUUUUGAUAAAUUUUCAAAAGUAGGUUC